GUACUGCAUGACUGUGUAUUGUAAUGACCAAAAGGUGAGUGGGCGUUGAUUGUACUGCACCUUCGUUAGCAUAGAGGGCGCUGCAGCUAACAUCACAUAACAGGCCAGCGGUUGGGCGGUUAGCAGGCUGAUCGGAGCGGGACCCUUGAAACUAAAAACAAUUCACCGGGUCCUCUUGUCACUUUAAAGCGACAUUGGGUUUUUUUUUAUAUCACUUUUACUUGGGUUUGAGUGCAUUGGUAGCCGCUUUUAAACGGUCUAGCUAGCAUUUGUGCUAAGUCGGUUUGUUUUUGUUUGUUCUCGCUGCAAAGUAACGUUAAAAUGUCACAUAUCGCGAUGCUCGUGAACUUAACUUUUUAAAAAUGUACUUAGCAUUAGUUAGCUAAUACGAGGACCCAAAAUCAGGACCAGAAACGGUACAAAAUGCCUCCCAAGAGGCAGCACCUGAAGCCGACAGCUGCCAACGUCUCCAGCUCAUUGGACCUGGAGUCCGAGGACAUCAGCCUGGAGACCACCGUGCCCACCACCGAGGAUGUGUCCUCAUCCGACGAGCAGCGGGACGGAUCCCAGAAGGUGACCCGCCAGCUGAUCGAGAGGAAGGAGCUGCUCCACAACCUCCAGCUGCUAAAGAUCGAGCUUUCUCAGAAGAAUCUCAUCAUAGACAACAUGAAAGCCGAUCAUAUGUCCAAGAUCGAGGAGCUGGAGGAAAGGCUGAAUGACACCCUGCACCAGAAACAAGUGCUGUCCCUCAGACUGGACAGCCAGCUAAAACUUGCCCAGGAGGAGAACAGGAAGCAGCAGGCUCUGCGUAAACAGGAGAUGGAGGCCAUCCUGCUCAGGCAGCAGCAGCUGGAGGAGACCAACCGCCAGCUGUGUGAUAAAGCUGGAGAGCUGCGGAGGUCUCUCAGGGAUCUGGACAUCUCCCAGGACAGGUACCACGAGCUCCGUGGCCUCCCUGAUGACAAAAUCUCCAUACAGGAAUAUGUAGCUAUACGUUUCUAUGAGGCGGUGACUCCUCUACGGGCUCAGCUGACCGAUCUCAGUGUGAAAAAUGGUAAUAUGACCGAAGAGCUGGAUUUACACAGAACCAAGAUGAAGGCCUUGAUGGAGAGUUACGAGGAGGAGCGGCGGUUACGUACCGAUCUGGAGCUGAGGAGCCAGAGAGUGACUUUAGAACUGGCUGAUACGAAGCAGCAGAUCCAAGAGGGCGACUAUCGGAGAGAGAACUACCCAAACAUCAAACGAGAACGGGACAACAUUGAAGCAGAUCUGAAGGAGUUAAAGAGGAGAUAUGAGACCCUAGAUCUGAGCCACAUUGCAGCGACCAGAGAACGAGACACACUCAACAAAGAGGUGGCAACAUUGCAGCAGUCAGUUACUCUCCUGCAGAAAGACAAGGAGUACCUACACAGGCAGAACAUGGAGCUCAGUAUCCGCUGUGCACAUGAAGAAGACCGCCUGGAGAGGCUGCAGGUGCAAUUAGAAGAUACUAAGAAAGCCAGAGAGGACACCUACGAAAAAUAUGUAGCAUCCAGAGACCACUAUAAGUCAGAGUAUGAGAGCAAGCUGAGAGAGGAGUUGGAGAACAUCAGGCUGAAAACCAGCCAGGAGAUAGACAACCUGCAGAGAACCUCCAGGGAGAUGUAUGAGAGGGAGAACAGGAAUUUGCGUGAGGCCAGAGACAACGCUGUGCUGGAGAAGGACAGAGCUGUAGCUGCUGAGAGAGACACUCAGUCCAGAUAUGACCAACUGCUGGAACAGUUCCGUCAGCUACAGCUAGGUACUGACAGCCGGGUAGCAGAACUGUCCAGCCAGGCCAAACUGCACUCCUUCGAAGCUGAGCGCGCCCAUAUGGUCAAGGAUGAGACAGCUAAGACCCUGGCCCAAUGUCAAGUGGAGUGCGAGAAACAGCAGAAGAAACUGGAGCUCCUCACUCAGGAGUUUUACAGGCUACAAACGUCAUCGGAGAAGCGGGCGGCGGAGCUGCAAGCUCAGAAUGCCGAGCAGGCAUCUCGACUGGAGACGUAUGAAAAGCUCGAGCAAGAGUUGGACCAGAUCACUAUGCAGGCUGCUGAAAUUGAGAAUGAAGAGGAGGCAGAGAGAGUUCUAUUCUCAUACGGCUAUGGAGCCAAUGUUCCCACAACAGCCAAAAGAAGACUAAAGCAGAGCGUUCACCUGGCCCGCAGGGUGCUGCAGCUCGAGAGGCAGAAUACGUCACUGAGGAGAGAGCUGGAGACACACAAGUCACAGAGAGGACAGAUAUCUGAGGAGCUGCUGGCAGCCAACCAACUGUUACAGCAGACGCAGCAGCCUUAUAGCUACCUGAUUGAGACGGUGAGACAAAGGGAUGCCCAGAUCGGCAUUCUGAAGGAACGAGUCACCUCGCUAGAGGACGACGUCAGUUCUCUGAGGAAAGAGCGCAGUGCUCUGGAACAAGUGAAGAACAACAUGGCUGCGGAUCUGGAACGACUUCUCAACCAUCGAGAGGAGUUAGCAGUGAUGAAGCAGGUCCUGAUCAGCAUGCGGUCCGGACACGGAGACGCUCUAAACCAGCUGGAAACGGAUAAAACUGGCAUCAGGAGCUCAAGAAAACAGCCGUCCAAACGUACCAGCAGGAUCGCAGAAGAAGAAUCGCCCAACAAACCUAAACCCACUGUGUUUACCAAUAAAGAAGUUCCUGAUUGGUACCAGAAGAUGAAGCAGAAACAAAAAUGAACAUUGUGUAACUGCUGGUGUUCACUCAGGAUUUUAACAAUUGUAGCUUUUAUCAAUUAUGUAUUAUUUUAGACUUGUAAAUUACAUCUCUUUUCAGAUGUCAGCUUUUCACAUAUAAAAGCACAAACAGCGUGAGAGUGUUUGGUUUUUCUUGUGUUUGGUUAAAUAUUGUCCAGAGGAUAAAUUCCCUAUGUGCCAGUCCAAAAUCAGAGGUUUUACCUCCCGUCCACAGGGUACACAUUCCUAGCUAACUGACUGCCCAAAAAUUCCUCUUUCUUGGCAGUGGUGUAUUUUAUUAGGUCUGUCUAUCAUUAUUUCCUCAUCUUUUCCAGGUUUGCAGAUACUGGUCGCCAUAGACAACAACACUGCAGGAACCUUUGCCUUUGAUUUGCACGAGCUCCGGCUCCUUUGGCUUUAAAUAUAGACAUAGUAGGCAUACCUUUAUCAUUUCAGACCCCGUUCUUAUUGGUGUCAUAUUAAACUCGGCCACAGGCCUGCUGUG